AAACUCAAAUUUAGGAUGAAGAACUGAAAACAAAAUAGCAUACAGAAUAUUGCUGCAAACAAAAGAAAAAAAAAAGACAGUAUUGUUUUUUUAGUGGAACUGACUCUCUCUCAGUAGACCGAUUCCCAAAGCCAAUCGUCGCUAUGAAACAUCUGUGAAAAAGUGCUUAAUUAGGUUUUCAUACCCUCAACUCAAGCCAAAUAGUGAUUCAUUUCUCUAUUAUUGACUUUUGUGGCGUUUAAUGCUAUGAACUUUCACGAAUAGAAGGCCCAACUCGCUGAACACAAAAUUGGAGAAAGCAUAAUGAGAUUGGGGCAGGCAUGGUUCGUGCUAGUAAUACUUUUUCUGGUUUGGAUUCCAUCGAACGCGGUCUCUGGAUCGUUGCAUCCGACCACCGAUGAGGCUUACGUCACACUCCUGUAUGGUGAUGAGUUUUUGUUGGGGGUCCGAGUCCUUGGGAAAUCGAUUAAGGAUACUAGAUCAAAGAAGGAUAUGGUGGUUCUAGUCUCUGAUGGGGUUUCCGAUUACGCCAUGACCCUUCUCAAGGCUGAUGGGUGGAUAGUGAAGAAGAUUAGUUUGUUGGAAAAUCCAAAUCAAGUAAGGCCAACGAGAUUUUGGGGUGUCUACACAAAGUUAAAAAUAUUUAACAUGACUGAAUACAAGAAAGUUGUAUAUCUUGACGCGGAUACUAUUGUGGUAAAAAGCAUUGAGGACCUUUUCAAAUGUGUGAAAUUCUGUGCGAACUUGAAGCAUUCUGAGAGAUUGAACUCUGGUGUAAUGGUAGUAGAACCAUCACAAAAAGUUUUCGAUGAUAUGAUGAGCAAAGUGAACACUUUACAAUCUUAUACUGGAGGAGAUCAAGGGUUUUUGAAUUCAUAUUACUCUGACUUUCCCAAUGCUCAUGUCUUCGAUCCAAAUUUGACACAAGAGGAAUUGAAGUCUAGACCGAUACCUAAAAUGGAGCGGCUUUCAACUCUAUAUAAUGCAGAUGUGGGUCUUUACAUGCUUGCGAACAAGUGGAUGGUAAAUGAAAGUGAACUUCGUGUUAUUCACUACACUCUUGGUCCUCUUAAACCUUGGGACUGGUGGACAUCUUGGCUUUUGAAACCUGUUGAUGUUUGGCAGAAUGUUAGGGAGCAACUUGCAGAAACACUUCCUGGAACUGGAGGAGGCAGUAAUCCAAAUGAUAGUUUUCUCGUCAAAGUGUUGUUUAUGCUACCAUUUUUUGCUCUUGUCUUUUGUUACUAUCGAUCAUUUCUUAAGACACGUGAGCAUUUAAACUCAUUAUAUAACCAUAUCAGGCAACUUUACUAUAAGAUCAGAUCUUUUGGAACAAUUUCUUAUUCUAAUGUUUCCACAUCAUCAACUACUAAUCCAAAUUACCAGGCUAAGAUACCUGUUUAUUUAGGUGGGAUUUCUGUGGUCGUCUGUUUUAUGGCCGCUCUAGUGGCCCUUGCACUUGCACUUGCAAUCGUGCCACGACAAGUUAUGCCAUGGACUGGUCUGCUUUUGAUGUAUGAAUGGACAUUCGCAAUCUUCUUUUUAUCAUUCGGAGGUUAUCUCCAUUUAAUACACAGAUGGGGAUCGACAACAGCAUUGCAAGCAGGAUCCCUUUCCUCCCAUUCUGAUUCCCUCGAUGACGAUUUUGGAAAAGGUCAUCAUCGUCUCACAUCAUCAUGUGAUUUUGCUAAUUGGUAUUAUGGGCUUGUAAUGGCCUUUUUGGCCAUCAUUGCCCCAUCUUUGCCAUGCUUUCUAGGAAUUACUGCUCUAUUUGCAAGGUUAGCAUUAAUGGUAGCUGGGGGUUUAGUGUUAGCAUCUUUCAUGACAUAUGCCUCUGAACACCUUGCAAUUAGGGCAUUUUUUAGAGGUCUUGAAGAUCGUGAUGCUGCAAGAAGUAGUAGGACCUCUUCUUUUUGUUGAUCAAUGCUAAAUUUUUGUUCCUUUAUACUUCAUUUUGGAAGUUUUUUUUUUUAUUUGGUUGUGAAGUAGUGCAAAUUUUUUGUCCUCGUACUCUCUUCAUUCAGCUACUUGAAAAAGAAAGUUAAUAUUAUAUCAAUUGGUAA